AUGAGCAGGAAUUACAUGUCCAAGUAUGAUGAGAUGCGUAAGGGAGACUACAUGUGGUCCAAUAACAAGGAAUACAAGGCAGUUUUCCAGGAGGAUGGUAACUUUGUCAUCAAUGGCUGGAGGCAGAUGUGGUCCUCUGACACCGCCGGCCAGCGUGACGCCUACCGUCUGUGCAUGCAGGACGACUGCAACUUUGUCAUGUACAAGAGGGAUAACAAGAUAAUUUGGCAAACGAAGAGCCAGGGUCAAGGGUUCAAGAUGUGUCGCAUGUACCUGCGCAACGACGGCAACCUGGUCGUUGAGAAGGACGGAGAUGAAAUGUGGAACUCUGCUUCCUCCAAGGGCCACAAGCAGUGA